AUGAUAGCGAUAAAGCCACUGCACCGCUGCCAAGCUACGAGAGUUCUUACCCGCCAGCUUUUCCCGUUCUCGUUGGGGCACGUCUCAGCAAAUUCCACUGCGGUUCAACCAACACCGUCGUCACCUAACAAAACCAAGAAAAGAAAGAAAGAGGAAAAGACAGAGAUCCACCCGGAGCCCGUUGACGCCACUAGCGAGCCUGCUUAUAAGGCUCAUUUUCUUGAAUCCAACAACGUACACCCGCUUCGUACGAAAAAUCCAGACGGUGAACCUGUGUGGGAUAACCCCAUCCGUCACCCCAUCUAUGAUCUCGACAAGAUCGCCACGGUAGAGCAGAUACAUCACCCCAUUACCAAAAUGCACGAUCGCGUCGCUUUAGUGGCGGUUAAGGCACUCCGUAAGGGUUUCGACGUUAUGUCGGGCUAUCGCGGACCAGGAGGCAGCAUGUCCGAAGGAGCCUGGCUCAACCGUUGCCUUUUUCUCGAGUCCGUGGCGGGCGUACCUGGUAUGGUGGGCGGCAUGUUGCGUCACCUCCGUUCGCUGCGGCUGUUUAAACGCGAUUACGGCUGGAUCCACACACUUCUCGAAGAGGCCGAGAACGAGCGCAUGCACCUCCUAAUUUUCAUGAACCUUAAGCAACCGGGUUACUUCUUUCGUGCGCUCGUAGCUGGUGCGCAGGGCGUCUUUUUCAAUACCUUCUUUCUCACGUACCUCGUAUCGUCCAAGACUUGCCAUCGUUUUGUGGGAUAUCUGGAGGAAGAGGCAGUUAGGACGUACACUCACCUACUUGAAGAUAUUGAAAAUGGCCACAUGGGCGUUUGGAAGCAGAAAAAGGCACCACUUAUUGCACAAACAUACUACAAGCUACCGCAGGACGCGUCUGUGUACGACAUGGUCAAGUGCAUUCGUGCCGACGAGUGCCACCACCGCGAUACAAACCACACGUUUGCAAAUUUGGACCAGAAGAAGGGCGUAAGUCCGUUUGUGAAUCGCCAACACUAA